GUCUUUUUGAUAGUGACGUCAUCUUCGUCACAAUUUAUCGUUUGUGUUAAAACGUACUUCAACGUACGAGUUACGAAAUUAUCGAAUACUAUAGUUAAAUAGUGUGUUUUGAGUACAUGAUGUUGUACCAAUGUUUACAGUGACUAUUUUUUUGAAGAGAAUAAGAUUACAUCGUGUACCUGUUCUCUUAGAUAAAAUAAGAUAACGCAGUGAUUUAUACGUAACGUUACAUUUUGGCGGCAUUGCACGAACGAAGUCACAGAAAUAGAUUUCCUUGUGCAAUAUUCGAGGUGUGCUGAAUUCCAUGAGACAAUUUUCAAAUUGAACCUGUUUGUUAAAAUGGGUCAGAGUCCAUAACAUUCAUGUGAAAGAUGGUGUCAGAAAAGUAUAACAAAAACCAAAAAAACUAGUGGAACGAUGGAGAACCCAACUGUUGCUGGUUUGAGGUCAAGGUCUCGUUCCAAGACACCCUUCUUGCGAUCGAGCUGUGACCGGGAGCACUGUACGGAAGGAGAAGAUCACACACAUCUCAAAGGCGGCAGGAAAACACCUGUGAAAAGAAGCACACCAAUCAAACAAUUUGCGAAAUCAUCAAAUAAAGAUGGUGUGGAAGUAAUAGAGGAUCAAGAAAAUGAAAGUGUACAGGCGCAUCGCACACGGCAUUCGUCGCGACUGGCUGAGAAGCUUAUCAAAACUUCGGACUACUCGUCUGAAGAGAGCCUAGACCGAUUGAAGGGACAUCGGAAAGAAAUCGUACAGAACGAGAUCAACAGUCAGUAUGAGCGAGUGUCGACCAGCUCGAAGCGUUACGGCAACUUCGAGGACCUACCGUACAGUCCCAUACACGCAUCGCACAAUGUGACGCACGACAGGUCCACUAGGUAUAGUAGCCCCGCGUACAGCGCGUGCUCGACAGACAGCUCGUUCGCGGAGCAGGCGCUUGCCGACGCCAGCGUGCUGCUGGAGCGUGAGCCCAGCUGGGAUCACCUGCCCUCCAGACUCUACAAGAUGGCCGGCGAAUACUGGAACAAAUAUCCUAAGACUGACUACACGUACUCCCCACUGUCCCGGGACCGAGUGGAGCUGGCACCGGGUCAGGUGGCCAUGCCCAACAUGUCGCGCAAGUCCCUCGCACAGUUCCGUAUGGAGUCCCCGCCCGGGGAGGGCAGCGAUGUACCCGACCGUAUGCCUUCCAUUGCCGCAUGGACAGCCACCGCCACGCGCAAGAGAUUUACGACUAUCGAGAGUUCAGACGAUGAGGGUGCGUACAUGCAAAAGACUGCGCACUCCUCGGAGGAGCGCUGGUGGCUCACUCAGCUGCUGGUUGCCAUGGUGACCAGCGUCACCAGCGCCACAAGGAACACGUACAGGAAGAUAUUCGGACCCCCCCACAGAUACCCCUACACUGAUAGAAGACCAGUUAAAGCCAGUAUCGUGUCAAGAACCGGUUCAGCGCUGAUCACACCUUUCUACUGGGUCUAUUUGAUGAUGAAAACUGUCGUCACCACAACCAUCACCACAAUUACUGAAACUAUAACGAGUAAACACGAGGACAAGAAUGGGAAAUACAUCGCACGCAGCUACAAGACGAGUCCAGCUAAACCCCGCACCUGGCCCUGGCUGCUGCUGCUACUGCCUUUUGUAGGAUACGGAUGUUACAACUACUAUGAGAAUUUGGUACCGAAACAACCAGCUUUAGUAAACACCUAUAGACCUCCAGUUAUAAUGAACGAUGUUGAUUUGGAUAAGAGAGUAGCGGCUCUUGAAAACUGGGCGCUCAAUGUCGAUACAAAACUGAAUUAUUUCGAUGAUAAAUUAUUGAAACUCGACACAUUAGAUGUUCAAAUAGAACAGUAUUCAAUCAAAUAUAUGCAACAAAAUCUAAUACAGACUUUAAGUAUGAAAGAUAAUACUGAAGAUUUAGUUGGAAAAUUAAAAAAAUACUUUGAUCAGUAUUAUAUGUCUAAUAAUGAAAUGGAAAGAAUUAGCCAAGAAAUUCAUGAGAAAUUGAUCAGCUCUUGGAAACCAGAAAUGUCCGAAGACACAAUAAGGCACAUUAUACAAGGUUAUUUGUCUAAUUUGGAAAAACGACAAUUGGAAAUUAUUGUAGAAAAAGUGCAGGAAUACGUAAAAGAUUUAGAAAUAAGACGGAAUGAAGUGAAUAUAAAUAUGGAAGAUAUAAAGAAAAUAGUAGCUGGAAUGUUAGAUAUUUAUGACGCUGACAAGACUGGACUUGUUGAUUAUGCUUUGGAAUCUGCAGGUGGUCAAGUGAUAUCAACGAAAUGCACGGAGCUUUACCAGAUAAAGACGAAGCAGUACUCGGUGUUGGGUCUGCCGGUGUGGUGGGUGUACACAUCACCGCGACACGCGCUCACUCCUGGUGCCAUGCCCGCUGAAUGCUGGGCCUUCCAGGGCUUUCCUGGAUACCUAGUAAUCCGAACGUACGCAGUGAUAGAAGUGACAGGCUUCUCUUUAGAGCACAUGUCACGACUGCUCGCUGUUGAGGGAAAGAUCGAGUCUGCGCCCAAAAACUUCUCUGUAUACGGACUUCACGGCGAAUUAGACCCGGAACCUCAUUUAUUCGGGGACUACAUGUACGACGCUAAUAGCACAGCCAUUCAAUACUUCCCCGUUAAAUACCCGAAGACGACCAACAUUGGCGGAGUGGAAUAUCCCGUGGCUUACGACAUUAUAGAGCUAAGAAUCGAAAGCAACCAUGGAAACCCGACUUAUACGUGCGUGUAUCGCUUCCGAGUACAUGGCAACCCUUUAACUGACAUACGACAAGCGACAGAUGACAGCAUACAUGACAGUGAGACGUAACACUACGAAUCUUCAAUAUCAGACAACUGUUAUUGCAUCCUUUUCAUUCUUACUGCAGAAGUGACACGUCAUUUUAGAUUCACAGAUAAAAAAAUUGUGACAACGAUCGUGACUGCUUAACUUUCUUGUGACUAUUUUAUCUAUU